AUGCUGGCGUGCGGGAAGCCGGGGAUGCUGGCGUGCUGGAAGCUAGGGCUGCGGCCGCCGCUGCUGCUGCUGCUGCUGCUGGGGCCGCUGGGUCCCUGCUCCCCGGGCGCCCCAGCCGCAGCCGCACCGGCCGACGACGCCGCAAAGCUCGAGUUCUCCACCGAGCGGCCGCUGCACCUGGUGAGUCCCGCGUUCCUGUCCUUCACCAUCGACGCCAACCUGGCCACGGACCCGCGCUUCUUCACCUUCCUGGGUUCUUCAAAGCUUCGUACCUUGGCCAGAGGUUUGUCUCCUGCAUACCUAAGAUUUGGUGGCACCAAGGCAGACUUUCUCAUUUUUGACCCCAAGAAGGAACCAGCAUUUGAAGAGAGAAGUUACUGGCUAUCUCAAGUCAACCAGGAUAUUUGCAAAUCCGGAUCCAUCCCUUCUGACGUGGAGAAGAAGCUGCAGUUGGAAUGGCCCUUCCAGGAGCAAGUGCUGCUCAGAGAACAGUAUCAGAAAAAGUUCACAAACAAUACCUACUCAAAACACUCAGUGGAUAUGCUGUACACUUUUGCCAGUUGCUCAGGACUGAACUUGAUCUUUGGUCUAAAUGCAUUACUACGAACUGCAGAUAUGCACUGGGACAGUUCCAACGCUCAGUUACUCCUGGACUACUGCUCUUCCAAGAAUUAUGACAUUUCUUGGGAACUAGGCAACGAACCUAACAGUUUCCAGAGGAAAGCUGGUAUUUUCAUCAAUGGACGGCAGUUAGGAGAAGAUUUUAUUGAGUUGCGUAAACUUCUAGGAAAAUCUGCUUUCAAAAAUGCAAAACUCUAUGGUCCUGAUAUUGGCCAGCCUAGAAGAAGUACUGUUAAGAUGCUGAAGAGUUUCCUAAAAGCUGGGGGAGAAGUGAUUGAUUCAGUUACUUGGCAUCACUACUAUGUGAAUGGGCGAAUUGCUACCAAAGAAGAUUUCCUAAACCCUGAUAUACUGGACACUUUUAUUUCAUCUGUGCAAAAAACUUUCCAGAUUGUUGAGAAGAUAAGACCCCACAAGAAGGUUUGGUUAGGAGAGACCAGUUCUGCAUUUGGGGGUGGAGCACCCUUGCUGUCCAACACCUUUGCUGCUGGCUUUAUGUGGCUGGAUAAAUUGGGCCUGUCGGCCAGAAUGGGCAUAGAAGUGGUGAUGAGGCAAGUGUUGUUUGGAGCCGGAAACUACCACCUAGUGGAUGGAAAUUUUGAACCUUUGCCUGAUUAUUGGCUCUCUCUUCUGUUCAAGAAACUGGUGGGCAACAAAGUGUUAACAGCAAGUGUGAAAGGUCCAGACAGACACAAACUUCGAGUAUAUCUUCAUUGCACAAACAUCAACCACCCUAGGUAUAAAGAAGGAGAUUUAACUCUCUAUGCCUUAAACCUCCAUAAUGUCACCAAGCACUUGAAUUUACCACGUCACUUUUUUAACAAUCAAGUGGAUAAAUACCUCGUAAAACCUUCAGGACCCGAUGGCUUACUCUCUAAAUCUGUCCAGCUCAAUGACCAAAUUCUGAAGAUGGUGGACGAACAAACCCUGCCAGCUUUGACAGGAAAACCUCUCCACCCAGGAAGUUCACUGGGCAUGCCACCUUUCUCAUACGGAUUUUUUGUGAUAAGAAAUGCCAAAGUUGCUGCUUGUAUCUGA